CAACACUUGAACCACCAUUCUGCUCUUGCUUGCAAAGGGGUUCUCCUCCUUGUCUUUCGUUUUGCCAUUUCGCCAUCAUGACUCUUUCACAGCCUGGCUCGGCUGAAAAAACAAUCCGCAAAAUCGAUAUUGCCCAGGUUUCCCUCAGUCUGCAAGAUCGGUUGGGUCUUGCCAAACUCAAGUAUCAGCAUGGUCGACUGCAUGGCCUGAACCCGAACCAGCAGGAUGGCAGAUCUACUUUUGACAGUGACAAACCCUCCGACUCCUCCUCUGAGUUCUCCCGCAGUCGGUGCGAGACUCCCUUCACCUCCCCUCCCCUCCGAGCGGCAACCUAUUCCAAGGAACUCCCUCGAUCCGCCCGCAAUAAACAUGCAGCCACAUUCAACUCUCGAGUGAUGCAGCCCAUGCUGUCGGCUAGUCGAAAGCGUCUGCGGUCGGAUUCUGAUUCUGAACGCCCCUCGGGUCUCAUGGAAGAGUUCUUACCGGCUGCCAGAAUCCUCUCCUGGCAUGAACCGUCACCUUACAAGCCGCCGCCAGGCCCCUCCUUCAUGUCCGAGGCCACAAUUCCAGAGCUUGUACCACAGACCAUCAGAAGAGAGGGACCCAGAUCUGCCGCUGCACAGUUUCCAGAAUAUGAGCUCGAUGGUGGGCUCCUCCCCUCCACGGACCCCUCCCCCAAGCACAUGCGACUGUCGCGCAACGAUCGGCCGCAUCAUGAGGAUGGCGCAGAUUUGCUCCUGUACCUGGCCAACUCCCCAACCCCUGCUCGGAUUGCACGGGGCGCUGGAAACCAGGCUUUCCCUCCUUCGACCCCUCCCAGCCAGCACGCAAUGCUGCCAGGCAUGACCCCCACACCUGGAGGUGGCGGCAUGUUUGCCAAUAUCGGAACCCCAGGUCAGCAAUUCAACUUUGCCGACUUCGUGAAUGUGACCCCCAGCCCGGCUCAGCCAGCUUGGGGUGGCCGCACCCCUGGCAAUCCCAGUCGCACCCCGCUCACCACCAAGCAAGCUCGAAAGCGAUUGAACUUCGAUGCCAUUGUGCCCCCGAGCACCUCUGAUCCUCGCAUGGGUGGCAAGGAAACCGGGCUGGCUUUGCAGCUCGGCGGCGAGCUUCGCCCUUGA